UUUCAAAAUUGGCUGUGUUGAGCUUAGUUCGUAAUGGAAAAUUAAAGAAAACGCAAAUAAAAACCCUAGCAUGAAAGCUGCAAGAAACGGCAGCAUUGUGGAAGCCCUAUUACCGUUAUUGCAGUGGAGUUAACACGUAGGCGCCAAAUACAAACAGAAAGUUUGUAUUACCAAGCGCACACUCAAUCCGUUGCUCGAUGGGCUUCAGGUUUCAGUCGCACAGUGAAGCCGGGUCUUGAAGGUCGUACACCCGGGCUACUCGACCGUCGUUCUUUGCCGCGUAAGCGAUAAUCACAUACAGCCGGAGCCAGUGAUAAAAGCUAAGCCAGUGCUAGGUCGCAAACAAAUUGCCCUUGUUUUACACGUGACUCGCAAUUAAUUAUGACAGCAAGACUUAAUCAGAAUUGAAGCAAUUAGCUUUCGUGGCUGAUAAUCAAAUACAAAACAUAAACAAACAUCCCAAUUAGAACAUCAAUUACAGAUCUAUAUGCACCUCGAGGUUUCCAGCGUGGGGCGUCGCAUUUGCUUUCCAAUAAGAGCGCGCUUAGAACGCUCGUCGGCGACAGUUGAUCUUCGCGAGACAUUGACGCAGCCAAUUUUCUCGGAACGCAGCUCGAGUCUCGCUUGAGCGUGUGGCUGAUGUGCGCUGAUUAAGCUGAAACGCAAUCAAAUCGAAUUAGCGAUAAUUCAGAGCAGAAAUGUUGCAACGGAUGUUAAUUUUGCUGCUCUGCAUCUGCCCCGCAUGGACUCAGGAGCAGCCCGUGCUUACCCUGGGCGCCUCUCGCCCGGCUACGGAUGCGCUGAAGCUGUGGCUAACGAUAAGCGCACGUAAACGUUUCCUGGAAGUCAGCUGGAAGCAUGCUCCGGCACGGGAUGGCGAUCAGGUGCUAUUAACUGUACAGGAUCCGCACAGCUUUGAACAACGUACCCUGCCCACGGGCACGCCCCUAGCCGCCUUUGGCAGAGACAGCGGCAGCGACAGUAACAGCGACAGCGAAGAGAGCAGCGGAUCGGGUGCUGACCAAGUGGCAUAUGUUCCCUUUCACGGCUACACCAGUACGCCCGGCUCAGUCGCCAAGGCUAAGAGUGUGAGCCUGCCGCGCCAGCACUGGAUAUCCAAUGGUGGCAACAACGAGAUCGUAGCCGCCAUCAAGCCCAGUCUGUCCGCGCAAUGGAUCACCACGGGCGUGCCCUUUGAUUAUGCGCUCUCCCACAACGUGACCGCUCAGAGCGCCUGCUACGGCUACUGGGCCAGCUAUAUAGAUGCUCAGGGACGCAUACUGGCCAAGAGCUGUGUGCGUGCCUAUCCCCGCUGGAUGCAUGAGCUGCGUGCCGUUGUGGGUGAUCUGCGGCUGCGUGAUCUCUUCAUACCCGGCACACAUGACUCUGGCUCCUAUAGACCCAAUUUUGAUCCGCUGCUGCGCGAGAGUUUGGUGACCAAAUAUGCACUCACCCAGGACGAUGAUAUACGUGGCCAGCUGAUGCAUGGAGCGCGCUAUCUGGACAUACGUGUGGGCUACUAUCGACCUGCGGAGGAUAAGUUUUUCAUUUAUCACGGAAUUACAAAGCAGCGUCCACUGAAAGAGGUCAUACAGCAGGUCAAGGAUUUUGUGCUGGAAACCAAUGAGAUUGUCAUAUUUGGGAUCAAAGAGUUCCCCGUGGGCUUUGGCAAGAAACUGGGCGUGCAUCGGCUGCUGGUCAGCUAUUUGCGGGAGCAUUUUGGUGAUCUCAUUGUCCAUCCAUCGCUGACCUGGCACGCGACAUUGCGCGACAUCUGGAAACGGCAGCAGAAUGUGAUACUGGCCUACGAUAACAAUGAGAUCGUGCAGGAGUUUCCACAGCUGCUCUUUGGCCCCGUCGAUCAGCGCUGGGGCAAUGUGCAGUCCUGGGCGCGUCUGGAGCGGCAUCUGCGCUACAUCAACGACUUCGAUGUGUCACGCUUCUCGAGCCGACCAGUGGUGGACAUGGCUGAGCUGACGCCGGAAACUUGGGAUGUCAUACUGGACAAACAUGGAGGUCUGCGCAAAAUGGCCGACAAUGUGAACUGGCGCAUAUCACAGCUGUAUCAAGAUGAGCUGGGCGAGCAUGCGAACAUUGUAGCCGCAGAUUUUAUACGUGGCACCACGCUCGUGGAGACGGCAAUCGAAAUAAACAGACGCAAGGUCGUGUACUAGGCUGAAAGUAGUUCCAGACUAUAAUCCAUAAAAUCUACUUAAAAAAAGUCAUCUCCAUUUAGGCCCGACCAGUAAACAAAUUCACAAAGCUGCAGGUUACAUACACGAAUAACAUUUAUUACUUCCAUUCGAA